CAGCUCUGUAUAAAUAUGUUUGUAUUAUGUUUUGGAUGGGUCGUAUGAACAAGCUGCUGUGUUAUUAUAAAUAAUCUACUACAAAAUUGUUACCAAUUCAUCAAAACUACCCUAUUUUUCAAAUAAAUACAAUAUGAAUUUAUUGCCAAAAUCUCACCACGAAUUCAGCAAAGCUGAUUACUGGAACACUUUUUUUAAAAAUAGAGGAAACAAGGCCUUUGAAUGGUACGGUGAGUUUCUGGAACUCAGUAGUUAUUUGCUGAAAUACAUCAAACCAAACGACGAUAUUCUUAUAGUUGGCUGUGGUAAUUCGACCCUCGGGAUGGAUCUGUAUGACGCUGGUUACAAAAACAUUGUAAACAUUGACGUAUCACAAGUUGUCAUUAAACAGAUGGUAGAGUUAAAUAGAGUUAAAAGGCCAAAUUUGAUUUUUGAACAAAUGGAUGCAACAAAAAUGACAUUUGUCGAUGGAAAGUUCAGUGUCAUUAUUGACAAGGGAACAUUAGAUGCACUUAUGCCUGACAACGAUAAAGCCACUGUAGCUCUGAUUGAUACAUAUCUUGCGGAACUCAAAAGAGUACUUAAAAAUAGUGGCAGGUACAUUUGUAUAUCUCUGUUACAAGAACACAUUCUCAAGACUCUGGUCGCGAGUUUUUCUUCAUCCUAUGCGUUUCGCGUGAUACGCUGUCACGAUGCAGAAAUGAAAGCUAGGGAACAGGGUGAAAGCACAAUGCCUGUAUUUAUGGUUGUGUCAACAAAAUUCAUGAAACUACUUAAACCGAUAUUAGAGUUAGUUUUCACAGAAGGUCCUCCAAUAAGAAUUCCCACUGUUGAGGAACUAGUUAAUAACGUAACAGUAACCCAAGAUUCUGCAUCAGUGUGUAAUAAUUUAUAUAAAAGUAGUGUGGCCAAUGAAGGAGAAGUUUCCCUUGAUUUGUACAGACCUGGUGAUAAAGAACCGAGAUAUACCAUGUAUGUAUUGGAUCAGUUGAAAUUAAAAGAAAAAAAAACGUAUGCUGCUUUUAUUGUACCACAAGGCAGGGAAAUCGACUGGUUGUUUAGUACAAAAGAAGGAAGGCAGCAAUUGCUUAAAUCAGCUAUGUUUGACCGCCUGAUUAUCGUGACAUUAAAACGUGGUCAAGAAUAUGAAAAUCUCGAUGCUGUGAAAAGUGAACUUUCGGCGAGUGUGAAAAAUUUCGCACCAGCGAGUCUUUCCACAUCACAAAUUCCUUUUCUGUCGUUAUCGGGACCGGGGAUUGGUAAAAGAAAAAUAUGUUACGAGGGAAAAAGUAUCAUAAGCGGCUCUUUCGUUGUUGAAGAAAUCGAGAGUGAAGAAGGAUUAUUCAGAAGAUUGAUAUUUUUGGAUAAUCAAUUUGUCGUUCAAAGCGAAGCAAAAUUAAAACAAGUAACAUCUAGAAGGAAAAAAUUGAAAUACGUGGUUGAUCCAGAUUUUGUCGCGUGUGAACAUCAUAUUUACAUGACGUUAGGCUUAAAAGCAGCACUGAAAAACAAGGACAAUGGUGAAACUGUGAUAAUUGGUCUUGGUGGCGGUGGAUUGUGCACUUUCAUUCGUAAUUAUGUUCCACAGGCAGUGGUCACAGCUGUAGAAAUAGACAAGGCAGUAUUAAAAGUAGCUACAGAGUACUUUGAUCUCGUUCAAGAUGCCAAAUUGAAAGUUGAAAUCGCGGACGGUAUAGAAUAUUUAAAAACAUCAUCAAAUAAUGGUAAAAAAUUCAGUGCAAUACUCUUUGAUGUGGACAGUAAAGAUCCCAGCAUCGGUAUGAGCUGCCCUCCAAAGCAAUUUGUUGAACCUGAUAUGCUUAAAACUGUACAAAACUGUCUCACAGACGAUGGCCUUUUUAUUUUAAAUCUUGUGGCAAGAAACGAAAAACUUCGGAAUGAAGUUAUUUGUAAUUUACAGAAGAAUUACAAGUUUUUGGCAUCUUAUAAAUUGGGAGAAGAUGUCAAUGAAGUUAUAUUUUGCUCCAGAAAUGAGAGGAAUCGCAAGGAAUGGAAAAAUUUGAUACAAGAAACGGCUACAGAACUUAAUGAACGGGCAAAAUCUAAAAACCCAGCUUUUGCACAACUUUAUGAAAUUACUUCGUUAUUGAAUAAUUUAAAAUUUGAAACUUGA